UCUUUUGUUGUGGUUGCCGACAGCUCCCCUCACGUUGAUUCGAGGCACGCUUCUUUAACUAAACAGGAAAUGGGAUGUGGCACUUGAGAUGCCUUAUACUGUAGCACAAGAGCAGGGUGAGGGUUCAGCUAGGUGUUCGCAAGAUCUAAAGACAGAUGAACAAAAAAAUAAGGAAGACAAGUGCCUGAGGACCACGACUGGAUCACGUCUGGAAAGGUCCUGUUCACUCUGCUGCCGAAGUAUGACCAUCUGGUGCGAGGGAUUCUCUAGCACUGAGCGGCGCAUGGCGGCUGCGUUCAUGUGAUUCUGUUUCGGCUACGUCUGCGAGCAGCCAGUUAAGGGGCCUGCAAGGCUGGUGUCUCGGCAUGCCUGUGAUCCUGGGGGAAGUCAGGGUGCUCACCAAGCCCCUGUCUGGCGUGCGUAUCCUCGAGCUGCUCUUCGACUGCCUCGCCUUCAGCUUGGCUGCUUCCUUAGAGCCCCGGUCGUCAUUCAAGAACUUCUGCAUGUUCAGCUGGUGCUUCUUCUUCACGCUCACCUUCCUCAUCCUCCUGGUGGACUUCGUUCAGUUCCAGAGCAUCAUCCCUCUAUCAUGGAAGAACCUUCCCAUCACCGUGGCAUCCCUGGGGGCGCUCAUGUGCAUCGGCUCGUCUGCGGGGUUCCCCUUGUUCAUGCAGGAGGACAGGAUGGAGCCAAAGGCCAUUGGGGCCACGGUGUGCUCCUGCCUGGCCUUCAUGGCGUACGUCUCAGAGGUCCACCUCAUCCGGCUCCAGAGCAGUGAGCAGAAGGGCUACAUGGCCAGCAUGCCAGGGCUGCUCAAAGUCUUCCAGGUGUUCAGCGGCUGUGCCAUGAUCUUCCUGUUCAGCAGCCAAUGUCAAAUGCCGGACUUCGCGAAGGAGACCAGCUGGCUGUUUUGGUUCUCAGCUGCAAAUAAACUGCUCUGCUUCCUCAUGUCCCUGGGCACCAUGCUGGUCGUGCUGGGAGACUGCGUCAGCCACUGCCCCCUGCCCUUUGACCGCUUGCUGGUGAGCUUCUGCAGCCUAGCCGUGCUGCUGUACAUCAUCGUCGCCGUGGAGUGCAUCACUAAGAUCCUGGUAAUGCCGGCAGAAUCAGUCGAGCUCACUGACCCAACUAGAGCCCUGCCCUUCAUCGAGACGAUUACUGCCUGUCUCACCCUCUUGGCUUACACGGUGGAUCUGGCGUUCUCCGUAAAACUUUUGUGUGACCGUGCCUAACUCAGGGGCAUUGGAGGGGCAUGGAUACCCAGACAUACUCAGGGGGCACAGAACUUGACAAGGGUUCUUGAAUACAUAAAAAUAUGCGUGACAUUUGGCGGGGGGGGGGGGGCAAGGAGACAUUUUAUCAGGGAGCCCAAAUUUUCCAGGUAUGCCCCCAGCCUAACUACAUGCAGAGGGGAAAUGCGUUGUGAGCUUUUAGUUAAAACACAAAUGAAAGAAGGACACGUAAAUGAUAACUGGAAAGAAAAGAUGUUUUAGCGUUUAGUUGGCAUACUACCAUUUUUUUUGUCUACAGUGAAACAUUGAUAGGCUACAGUGUAAACAAAACCUGUUUUAAUACAUUAAGAGAUGUACUUUUAGAUUUAUUUACAUAUUUCAUCUAUUAAAAUGUACCUUUCUUUUUAGUUCGAGUUCCGGAAUUCACUGAGCUUUGCUUAAUCUUCUAGCCACUUGAUGUUUUGUUCUGCUAUAUUCUGUUUGUCUAGCACUGAAAGUAUUUUCAGUGUGACAAAAUAAUGAUGGUAUUGUACUUUAUGAAAUAGAUUUUGUUAAAAGACUUCUAAUAGGUAUUUUGUAUUUAAAUUUCAGGAUAUGCUUCUUAUGGUCAAGGCCAUAGGAGAGAGUUUGAUAUUGGGGGACACACUGGUUCCUAUGCCCCUGAAUAUGUUGGCUGACAGACAAUGAGAUUAGUUUAACUUGAUUGCGUUCUUUUUUUUUGUUUGUUUGUUUGUUUUUUGGUAACAACGCGUUUUUGUAACAAAGCUUGUUAAUCGGCCAGCAUCACACAAAAGUUUCUGUUCACUCUGCGGAAAAACUCCCAUUUGUCAGACACGCCUCAGUGAAUGUCAGAGCUGCUAGCCGAGUCAUUUCACACCGUGCUCUCUGCAGUCUCCCACAUGUGCAUAUGUGCCGCGUACAGUUUCCUGUGAGGGCGGCUUGAGCAAAAACUUUUUCUAUUAAUUUGCAUAUUGCAAUAAUAAAACGAUUAGACCUGAGCAAUGAUGCAUGUUUGAUGCAAUUAUAUUGAAACCCAAUGGAACCCCACUAAGAGUGUUAACUAAAAGCCAAGUAUUCAUUAUUAGGAUUGUUGAAUACGAUUGUCAUGUUUACUGGAGACUAUUACCGCUAGCCUCCACUAGAGGGAGGUAAUUUUGUUUGUGUCUCUGAGCAGCGCGAAAAUCUCUUUUAAAUAAUAAAACGAAGCCUGUUCUUAGAUGGCAGCUCUACUCAUUUCUUAGGUGUGAUCCCAUCCUGCCCAGAAUGAUCCCAUCCUGCCCAGUUCAUCACCUCUCAGUUUCUUCUAUUACCAUAACAAUGGAAAAUCUCCAUUGUAUUGGAAGCUAAAGUAAUUUACACCUUGUGUUUUAAUGAGCAGCUUAACUAAUGAAGCCAAAUAAUGGUAGAUAUACAAUGUCAGGAUUCAAGUCAAUGGCCAUCUGGUGUGAAACAGCUGGGAUGUUCUGUAACUUGUUGAAGUUAAAUCCCAAUGUUUAAUCUAAAGAUUCUUCACUCUAAAAUUUUCACAUAUCCACCUAUCUAAUUACUUAAAGCUGAUGGAGAUAUGGAUAAACAACGAAGACCUCCUGGGUGUGGUCUUUCUGACUGAACUUCAGCACCAAUACCCAGCAAAAAGCUUCCAUCUUCCAUCCCACCAGCAACCAAAGAGCCACUUGACUGGCCCAAGUGUCAUUUAUAAAUAGUAAUGUUUCCAGUUAGUAGUGAAGGAACCGGGGGUGAGCACCAGGGGCCACCAGCAAAAUUUACCGAGGGACUCCACUACCGGCAGAUUUUACGGAGUGUCCCUUUUGAUAACAAACAAUCACAACAAUUCGCAACAAUUUACCGAGAACUGGCCCCUUCGUGAGAUGGUAGAUUUAACUGAGUGCGCCUUUUGACACACAAUUACCCAUUCAACACAUGGCUAAAAAUGGCUGAUAGUUUUCAAAGUAACUGAGGCAUGACAGACAAAUACAGGUGUUUGUCACAACAAUUUACAGAGAAUUUCCAGGUACAAACAAAAAGGGUACACAAUAAUAUGUUGGGUGGUGAUUGUUUUAUUUUAUUUUUGUGACUAUAUUUCAUUUUUGAAGCUAAUAAUACUAUGAAUUGUCCAAUUUGUUCAAUACAACUUCGAAGAAAAUAAAUCUGACACUGGGUAAAAAUAGUAAAAUGUUUGUCUAGCAUCGAUUAUUACCUCAAAUGUAGACAAGAUGAUACCCACCAGUGGGUAUGUCCCCAUCAAUAAAAUAAAAAUAUGCUGGCUUUUAAAGCGACACCACUAUAAAAACACAAGAAUUUCUGUGCAAUUCUUAAGAAUGUCCGGAUGGCAGUUAGCUGGAGACACGGUAUUCAGUAUUUGGUGGUCGA